GGAUAAUAGGUUCAAACUAUUUUUCUUGUCCUAACACGUUUAUUUGGGUAGAAUUUUGGUAUGCUAUUAAUAUUUUAUGAGAAUGUUUAUGCGUUGCCAUGACGUCACUACGCCGCCAUUUUGAAGUGGCGGAUGUUGCCUCUAGAAAUGUUUUAGCUGGCCGUAAGCGAAGAUUUUCAUGUUUUGGGACCGGUAUUUAGACGCUUGCAAUGGGGAAUGGUGCCAGCUCCGACGUUAGAGAAAUACAUAUUGAACAGAGCGUUCUGAAAGAUAUGGAUUUCGACAACAACAACCGUAAAGGAGGAAGCUUACCCAGCCGCCUGGUGGCCAGACUGGGGUCGGCAGGUCAGGCCCGGCUACGUCACCUAGAGGAUGACCUGGCCACGGAGCGGGAAACGCUCGCCAUGAUGGAGGCACGGGCACUGGAGGCCGAGGAGAAAGUUAAAACACUGCAGACACAGAUGGCAGAAGUGGAAAGCACCAACCUCGAGCUGCUGGAUAAGGUUGCCAGUCUGGAACAGCAGGUGGAGAUGACAGAGGCAGAACAGAGCAGCAAACCUGAGCAGGACUUCUCCAAGACUCUCCGUGCCAAGGACCUGUAUAUACAGAAGUUAGAGAAGGAGACUAGUGCAGUUACACAGGAGAUUACAAAGAUGAGAGAGAAGUACAAGAAGAAGAUGAAGAGUGUGAUGACCCAGCUGGCUGAGGCCAAACAGGAGUCGGCUCUGACAGUGUACAGUCUGAAGGAUGAGGUGACAAAACUGGGGGAGGAAAACUCCAAACUUAUAGCUCAACUGGAUAAGUGCAACUUUCUUAAAGACUACAACAGCCCUGACACCCCAACUGAAGGGAGCACCUCCGAGUACGAUAGUGGUCGCACCAAUCUCAUCCUGGAGCUGUCUGCUCAGGUGUCCUCUCAAGCUGAGAAGAUCAGUGAACUGGAAGCCAAACUUGCUGAAAAGGACAGGGUUAUCCGAGAGCUGCAGAAACUCAACAGUUCAAAGGGCAGAGUUCAGAGUGCAGAGACCAGCAAGAGGCUGCUGAAGCCUUCACCAAGGGAUGAUGGGAAAUUGGACGUCCAAAAAGAGAUUGAGAGCAACUGGCGGACAUCUUUCUCACGUGUGGAAACCCAGACAUUCGAAGAGGAUGAAAACUAUGAGGAGCUACAAAAGAUCAUGCAAGAAAUGAAAGCAAUGAAUAGAAAGGACAAAAGAAAAGAUAAAAAUGAAAAAGAAGCUACAGUAACUACCUCAGAAUCCUCAGACAAGGCUGUGAAGUCUACAAGGAAACAUGACAGGACACCUUCAACUAACAAAACAUUUCACUUGCAGAAGGAACGUUCAUUUGAUAGCCUAGCUGAGGACAGUUCUGAGGCAACUACACAUGUGCCUGGUGCCAGGUUCAGCUCUGCUACAAGUAGAGACUCUGGCAUUGCAGACUUUCACCGAGGACCAAGUAUAGAGAAGGAAGACGGAGACAGGAGGUUGAAGAAAGGAUCUCAGUCCACACCUCGCAAGAAGCAUCACAGUAGGUCCAACUCUCAAGCCAGUCUUCGGGAGUCAGAUAAGGAGUCUAGUAUCAGCUCUUCACAACAGAAAGUCAGCUCUGCCAGAAGGAAACACAGAAGUAGGAAGGAAAUGCUGAGCACAAAAGAGUUGUGUGUGAGUCCGAUGCUUCCUGACACAAGCCUGGCCCCUGUCAUAGUUUCUCAGGCACACUGAUGGCCCUGAUACAUAGUUAACUACAUCAAUACAACCAAAAGUUACAGACUAAAGGUUUAUUUUUAGCUCUU